GUCAUAUUGACAUUUGACACAGGCCGUCACAACAAGAGGUCUCGUUACGGGAUGCAACUUGAAUAAUUUUAAAAUUUCCCCCUCCACGAAUACCAGUCAUCAGCUUUAACCAUGGCUACAGCGAUGUUCGCUAGGGUGACUUUCUACCCUACUCUUCUCUAUAAUGUUCUGAUGGAGAAGGUGACCAGCAGGCGGUGGUACGAUAGAAUGGAUGACACAGUUAUCCUGGGAGCUCUGCCGUUUCAAGGAAUGACAAAACAGUUAAUCGAAGAAGAAAAUAUAAAAGGUGUGGUGUCUAUGAAUGAAACUUAUGAAUUGAAGAUAUUUUCAAAUGAUGCAGAGAAAUGGCACGAACACGGCGUGCAGUUCCUGCAGCUGGCCACUACGGACAUCUUCGAGGCUCCCGAUCAAGACAAGCUUUAUGAAGGGGUGCGAUUCAUUAAUCGCUUCCUGCCAGCAGAGAACAAGCCGAGUAGCGAACAAGGCCGCGUGUACGUACACUGCAAGGCUGGACGUACGCGCAGCGCCACGCUCGUCGGCUGCUACCUCAUGAUGAGAAACGGCUGGUCUCCUCAGGAAGCGGUGGAACAUAUGAGAACGAGACGCCCUCACAUCCUGCUGCACACAAAGCAGUGGCAGGCACUCGAUAUAUUCUACAAGAACCACGUACAGACGUGAUUACAUACUAUAUAUAUUAUAUCUUAAACCAUAGACAAUUUUUUGACAAUUGCUUCAUUUUCUAUAUUAGAAAGUAAUUUUGCUGUCAAAAUUAAACUAAAUAUUCAUAAAGAUAACAAUAUAUAUAAUUAUAUUUAUUAUACACAAAUAUUACACUUUAACAGUGUAUGAAUGUUUUUCUUUUAAAUCUUCUUCAUUUUAUUUAAGUAAUUAACAUGUUUGAGCCUUAUCUGUAUUCCUCAUAUGAGAUGGCAUAUAUUUGACGAAUAAAAAAACUGUAUUAAUUUUAAAAUGCACAUAUUUUUAUAUAAUCAUACAAAAAUAAAACCGAAAGAACCUCACAAUUUAAAAAAAAAUAUUCGUUAUAUAUUCAGAGUCCAUUGAGAAGCUUAAUGUUGUAUUGAAAUAAACUGUAUUCCUUUCCAAUCGAAAUCGGAGUAAACGUAAACAAACCGUAGUUUUAAAAAUUGCUUGCGAUUUUCUAAUUGUAUUGCUGUAUAACGCACUAUAAACAGUUCUUGAUUAAUUUACCUUUAUUUAUAAUACAACACUAUUCCACUUAUCUAGUUAUAACUACAUUAAUUUAACUUUUGAAGUUCCGAUUACAACAAUUUUCGCGAGUCCAUAGUGAAUAUCAUAGUUAAAGAUCUCGACCAAUGAUAUCGCGUCAAUUGAUAUCGGUGCCAAAGUUAAUUUGGGCUUAUUCCUAUUGUGGCUGGAAUGGCUAUAGAUAUCAACUCCGGCUGUGGUGGCUAUUAAUACUAGUAUAAUAUUAUAAACAAAACAAAAUUAAUUUUAAUACAUUUAUUGAAAUUAUAUAAGAACUUAAUACUUUUAUUAAAAUCUGGUUUAUAAAUUAUUAUUACAAAAAUUAUAUCAAUGAUACGUCUAACCAUAUUUUGCGCUGCCUCGCGCCAAGUGUUUUAAUUUUUAAAGCUAAUCUGACAGGAUGACGUAUGACGUUCGGAAAGUUUGAUUUAUUCUGCUUAUAUAUUAUAUUUUGGAUUAUUAUUAUUGUUAAUUCGGUAACUAAUUGUUUAUCUUACGUUAUUAAAAUGAAUAUUUAUUGAAGUCUAACAAUAAUGUGAAAAAAUAUAUAUUUUUAAUGGAAAAUUUAAUUUUCAUUUUGAAAUAUUUAAUAAAAAUAAAUAUUAUCUU